AUGAACAACAGACAGAAAGGUAAUCGCUAUAACGCGCCACUGUGUCAAACAUAUCGUUUCACGCAAGCUGUUCAUCGACACUGCAUCGCAAAUAUAAUUAUGCUGUCUCCUUCAUCGAGUAAUGACGAUAACAAGGAUAUACUUUUAAGUGAAAUUGAGGUUCUCUUUCCAAAUGUCAUCCAAGACGAAAUAGAAACUGCUGAAUUUUUGACCGCGGCACGUGGCAUUGUACGAAUUUUAGAUAAAUUUGGCAAAGUAUUUGCUGCUGUUAAACAUGAUAUUGAAGGAAAUAUUGAUAAACUUUAUACCAAAUAUGCAACGGAUAAAGAAGAUAACGCAACUUUACAAGACAUAAUUUUAACUGAAAACCAGACUGAAACCGAUUUCAUUGCUACCGAGUCUUUAAUGUGGUUAACUAGAGAUUUACACAUGAUUUUGCUAUUUUUCGAGAAAAUUGUUCAAGAUGCCAAAACAGGAACACCGACCGAGGAUUUAGCAGCAUUUCUACAAAUGUCCUACAAAGAAACUUUAGAACCAUAUGAUGGAUGGAUGGCGCAACUACUUUUCAACCUUCUUUCGCGCCUGGCUCCUACACGUUCCCAACUUUUACAGGCACUUGCCGUUAAACGAACUGACGAUAGCGUCACUAUUAUAAAUCGCUUGGAAAUCUAUUCAAUACGAUUGCGAACGAACGUAUCGGCAAUACAAUCGUUUUAUAAAAUUUAUAACCUCCUCCAAUGA